UAAAGAAUUGUUAAAAUGUAUUGUUGGCUUUUUGCAUUGUAAGUGGCUAUUGUUAACUCUUUGUCAUGGUGUCCUGCAUCUUUAAGGCCCGGUCAGACGAAGACAGGAGAUCCGACGAAAGGCGGAGAAGGCAUCUUUAAGGCUAGCUCGGAAGUUUAUUUUACUGAAAGUCUCGUACUGAAUCACCAGUGCAGGUUUUGUCAAGCACAUUUAAUAAAGUUUAACAUUCUUUUCACAUCCCAAGUAUGAAAAGCUUUUUAAGAGUUGGAUUAAUGCUUUUUCUAAGUGCUGAAUAUUACUUCUGUGCUUCUGAAAAAUAUGAGAACACGACAAGUAGAGUAAUUGAACGCAGGACGAUUGGAGGAAGGUUGGCAGAAAAAGGAGAAUUUCCAUUUCUGGUAGCAAUAUAUAAAAAUAGAACAUUUAGGGGUGCUUUUUCUUUAAUCACAACAAGGACGUUAAUAGGAGCAGCGCACAUUGUAGAGGAAUACACAGUCAAAGAUUAUUACGGAAGAAUAGGAAACGUUGACAAACAAGCGGGGAAGAGAGUGCUGUUUCGGAGAAGGAUUAUACACGGACGUUAUGAUUCAAAAACACUUCACAAUGAUAUUGCACUUCUGAUUCUCGCACGCAGUAUUAACAAUAUAUCUCCGAUUGCUUUAGUUGGAAAAAACCUAAGAUUUACUAAAGGUUCCGCCACGUUUGUUGGUUGGGGAAGAACUGGUAUCAAAAAAGAUGACAGAACAGACCUUCUUCGAGUAGCGAAAGUAAACUUUGUAGAUCCAAAAUACGUGGGUCGUAAUUUCGACUACGAAUUAACUUACAAAGAAAUUACAACAAUGUCAUCUAGAGUAAAAGGCAUGAAAGGAGAUUCUGGCUCACCACUGAUCAAGAGAGAUGCGUCAAAAAGACCAGUGCUUAUUGGCAUUUUGUCUAGCGGCGGAGAUAAUAUUAGAGAACCAGAUGUUUACAUGUCAAUCAGUUUUUACCAUCAUUUUAUAAAAACUCACAGCGUUGGACGUCUCACAUACCUAGACGUACAAAAUUAAAAUAUGAAAAUAGCAUGGUAAAUUUUUCAUUUCAGAAAGUAUUUAUAUAAAAUAUAAUUGUAUUCGCAAAUAGCUCGUAUUUCAACAAUAUUUAAGAGUGGAUAUAUUUUAUUUCCAUGCCUGUAUUACUUUAACAGCUUUUUGUAUUAAAUAAUCUUAUGUAUUUAUUUAUUGUAAAAAUUACAUAAUUAGAUUUUCUUUAAAUAAAAACUUA